AUGGUGACGGUUACGCCAGGCGUUAGUCUUGCAACAGAUAGGGUCUCCAAAUCAUGUGAUGAACUUCAACCAGGAAUAAUUGAGCUAAAAAUGAGUACCGGAGAAAAGAGAGAGCAUUUGUACAAAAUUCUAGUAAUUGGUGAACUGGGGACAGGAAAGACAAGCAUAAUAAAACGAUAUGUUCACCAGUUUUUCUCACAACACUACCGAGCUACUAUUGGUGUAGAUUUUGCACUUAAGGUUAUAAACUGGGAUGCUGAUACUCUAAUACGAUUGCAGUUAUGGGAUAUAGCAGGCCAGGAGAGGUUUGGAAAUAUGACUAGAGUAUACUACAAAGAGGCAGUGGGAUGUUUUAUAGUAUUUGACGUCACCAGGGCAUCUACAUUUGAAGCUGUACAAAAGUGGAAAAAUGACUUGGACAGUAAGGUUCAGCUACCAGAUGGCAGUCAGAUUCCUUGUGUUUUGUUAGCUAAUAAGUGUGACCAAGCUAAAGAGGGUCUGGUUAACAAUGCCUCACAGAUGGAAGACUAUUGUAAAGAAAAGGGAUUUAUCUCAUGGUUCGAAACCUCAGCUAAGGAAAAUAUCAACAUAGAUGAAGCUGCUAGAUGUUUAGUUACUCAAAUUUUACAGAAUGAUAAAGCUAUGAAUUUUGGUGACACUGAUCAGGAUCAGGAGAGAGUUACUUUAGGGGACGGGGCAACACCUCGGGGUGAAGUGGCUAAAAGUAGAUGCUGCUAA